CCCGCUGCCGAAGCGCGCGCCGGGCUGGCUCGGCCACUGGUGGCUCGGCGGCAUUCGCUGCUACGACCGCGGCGACGGCGGCGCAGACAUCUACCGCUUCUACCACGAACUGUUCGAUAUCUAUCCGGACACGAUGAACCCCAGCAUGUUUACUUACUAUUUGGAGAUCCACUCUCCGUAUCAAAAGUUCAUAGUAUGUGUAAAAGUUGGGAUGCCUUAUCAAUUCGAGAAUCCACUGAUAUGGGGCAUCAAUACUAUUGAAGUAAAGGUUCGUAUUCCAUUGUUAACAUUUACAAGCUACUAUAGGAUAAUUGUAACAGCGUGGUGUAACAAUGGUACUGAGGUUAUUGAUGACCAAGAUGAGUACGAAGAGACCCUGGACCCAUCAUUAUAUUCCGAAGAAAGUUCUGUAGAACAAGAAUAUCAAUACGAUUUGACGGAGACCAGAGGUAUCUGGGUUAACGUGACUGAGCCUCCAGAAGAAGCUGUAGGAGGUGGAGGUGUAGGUGGAACCGGUAAAGGCAAAGGCAAAGGGAAAGGGAAAGGUAAGAAAGUACAGGACUCCGACGAAACUGACGAGGAAAGUUUGAAACCACCUAAACUACCUUGGAAUGAACCGAGUAAUUAAAUUAUCUUUGUUGCUAAAAGCCUCAAGCUUUUUUUUA